GUGGCAUUUUCAAUAUUUAUUUCGUCUUGCAGAGGAACAAUAACAUCUCCACCUGAUGGUCAAAGAUUUGUAUUUUUACCUGGAUCUUCUCACAAUAUAACUUGGACAUUAAAUGUUACUGGAAACAAAAAUUAGUGACAGACUCCAAUAUUCACCAUCACCUUUAACAGUGGAAGUUUUUAAAUCUGGAACUUUGUGGCUGAAGAAUGUAAAUCAAAGUUACAAUGGUGAAUUUACAUUAGCUAUUUCAACUGUUCUUCCUACUCUUCGAUCAAGAGUAAAUGUUUAUAUUGCUGUGAAACCAAAUGUUGUACACAAUUGUUCAAAUCUUCUGGUUGUGAAUGAAGGUGAUAAUGUGUCAUGUGUAUGUAGAGGUGAAGGAGGUAACCCUCCUGCUAAUGUCACAUGGUUUGAUAAAAAUAACAACAUAUUUGGUGAUGAUGUUGGAGUUGUAAGUAAGACAUUAGUAAUCACUAAUGUUACAAUGAAUGAUGGUGGAAAUUACAGAUGUAAAGCACAAAGUUAUAAUGAUCCACGUUUUAGAGAUGACAAAUCCAUUGAAAUACAAGUGAAAGCUGCUUAUCCACCACAACAAACCAAUAUUACCAUCAGUCCAAUGUCAGUAAAAAAAGAUCAUGAAGUGACAAUAACCUGUGAAUCAGAUGGUUAUCCUGAACCAACCUACACAAUUUAUCAUAAUGGUACUGGUAAUAUGCGUGUUGUCAGUAAUGACAGGACAUACAUCAUUCAAUCUGUCAACUUCAAUAGCGCUGGUUCAUAUCGUUGUGAAGCAAAGAAUAAACGUGGAAGUGAUUUAUCUGAUGUUAAAAAUCUGACUGUCAGCCGAGACCAACAAAGUUCUUCCAGUUCAUUGCCGACAAUGUCUUCGUCGAUGACCAUUUUGCCAUCAGCUAGUUCCGCUCCCACUAAUAACGAAUUUAUCAAAGUUCGCAAAGAUGGCGACGGUGUAUCAAACAUCGGUCUUAUCAUUGGUAUUGUCGUUGGAAUGUUGUUCCUUCUCGCCAUUCUAGUUGUCAUUUUCUGCUGUUAUAAAUCAAAGCAAAAAAAUGGAUACCAUGGUGAAAAUGGUGUUGAACCUUUAGCUGGAGCUAAUAAUGCACAACCCAAUCAUCAUUAUGAAGAGGUUGGAGAACUUAGAGAAAAUCCCAAUAAAUCUGUUGAUAAUAGAAGUAAACCACCAACAAGUAAAGCAGCACCACAUGUGUAUGCCUCGAUCGAUAGAGAAAAUAGAGAAGGAAAUCCGGUUUGUUGUGGAUCUUUGUCAUUUAUUAUUUACAAAUAGGAUUUGUGCAUUUAUUUUGUUUUUGUUGGAUUGUGGUGAUGAUUUUGAAUGCAUCAUGGAGAUUAUGCAGGGUGUUUAAAAAAAAUUGCUCAUAUUUGAAAACACCCGCGACAUUUGGAAUUUAUACAAUUCAGCAAUACAUGAUCCCCAAAUACCUGUAAACGCAAUUGAAAACAAUACGUACGAAUUGUUUUCCAUUGAAACUUGAUUUUAUAUGAGACGAUUCUCUCUAAUAAACGCUUUGACUCCAAUAGUUGCACCCCACACGUUGCCAUUGUUAACAGUGGGUUAUCGAUUGGGCUAAGAAACCGUAUAUUUAGUCUUGACUUUGUUUUUAUUUUCUCACAAUAUGGUGAUAGAGAAUGAUGUAAACGUCUUUCUAUUUAACUCCUUGUGUCAAUUGAAGGCCCCCCUCCCCUUUCUAGGCUGCUAUUUCAUUUAUUUAACGUCCUGUGUUUAUUAGGUCAUUUACGAUGUAUAAAAAACCUAUAAAUAUUUUAUCAUCUUAUGUAUAUAUGAUAAAAUAUAUCGUUAAACAUUAAAA